AUGGCCAUGGCCCGCCACCAAACUGGCGCAUCGUCUCCUCGACCUCCGUCCUCCUCCAACGCGUCUCCUCCCCCGACACCGUCCUCGACCGCCACGGCCCGUGGAUCUACGACUCUUCACCCUUCCAUACUGCAGCCCCGAGUUGCCGUGGUUCUAAAUGUCCCACCGCCUUGGCAUCCAUGGCUCUUUGCCUUGCGCCUGCUGUCGUGUCUCCCAGCUGUCUGGUGGGGAUUGCCAUCAGCGCUGCACUUGGUGAUGCGAUUAUAUCCCGGACCCAAUCAUUAUACUAUUGUGCCAACAUUUAUAUCUCAGGAUGAGGGAGAUUUGACGCCACAUGCGUUGAUAGAGUCGGCACUGGCAACCAUAUGGUGCUUUGCCUGUGGUUACCUGUCCUUUUUCUUUACUGACUGUCUUAUGUCCCGAUGGUUGAUCAAUUAUACACCUCAAGCUACUAUCGUCCGGCUCCUAACCAUCGACGCGGUAAAUGCAUAUGUCACCCUUACAGUCUUAUCGCUCUUUGGAGGGUUUAAUGACCCACGCCUACUUUUACCGGGAUGGAUCAGUAUAGCCACCACCCUUACAGUGUGCUACCAUAUCACGCACCAAAAGAUCAACAUUCGAAAAGAGACAUCCACCUCGAUCAACGUCUUCUCGAUAGCAUCCUAUAUCAGCAUGGUCACGCUUCUUAUUCGUAUGCUCAUCUACCAACCAGAUUACCCUACUAUACCGUUAAUAGCACGGGUGCGGUGGAUUUGGCAAGAAGGUAUGGGGAUCGCUUUGCGGGUCAAAGGGUCCAUUGAGCGGGUAGAGCUAUGA